CAUACAAGCUCACACAGACACACACACACAGAAGAUGGGCCUCAGGUGAGUUCCUUUGUCUUGUACAAAAGGACAGUGAGUGUGGAAUCAGUCAAGAUGGGAGAGAAAAGCUGGUGAGACGAGGAAGAAGGCUACACAUCCGUCAUGACGAUAACAAACCCUGUGGAUUUGAUGCGGGAUGUGUUUAGUGGUCAUAGGGCAAGGGAGAAGGAUGUCCGCAACUUGGUGUCUAAUCUGCCUUAUGAGGGCCUGGAAAAGAGGAAGCAACCCAACCGCUUCUUCCCAGGAAACGCCAUCAAAACCACCAAAUAUUCCCCCAUCUUCUUUAUCCCGGUGAAUCUCUUGAAGCAGUUUUGCCGCUGGGCCAACGUCUACUUCGUAGGACUUGCAGCUUUGAACUUUUUUCCCGUUGUGAAUGCCUUCCAGCCUGAAGUGGCUCUUAUCCCCAUCUCUAUCAUACUGGCUCUGACAGUCCUGAAAGACACCUGGGAGGAUUUCAGGAGGUACCAGUCCGACAGGAAGCUCAACAACACGCCAUGCUUGGUUUACUCCAGGACUGUGAAACACUUUGUGGAGAAGUGCUGGAAGAACGUGCGAGUGGGAGACUUUGUGAAGGUGGUUUGCAAUGAAAUUGUUCCUGCGGACCUCCUGCUUCUGUACACAUCAGACCCUCACGGCAUGUGUCACAUAGAAACAGCCAACCUGGAUGGAGAAACAAACCUCAAACAGAGGAGGGUGGUACCAGGAUUCUACACCCCGGAUUCUAAGUUUGAACCUGAACAAUUCAACAACAACACAGUCCUGUGUGAAAAGCCCAACGACAAUCUGGAUUAUUUCAAGUGUUCUGUAGAGAAACCCAAUAAGGACAAGGUGGGUGCUGGAAUCGACAGUCUACUGCUUCGAGGCUGCACCGUGAGAAACACAAACCACACCAUUGGAUUUGUGGUGUACGCAGGUCAUGAAACCAAGUCCAUGCUGAACAACAGUGGGCCGAGGUACAAACGCAGCAAAGUCGAGCAGAGACUGAACGGUGACGUCCUCCUCUGUGGCGUUCUCCUCUUUACCAUGUGUCUCAUUGGAGCAUUAGGUCACUUCUACUGGCUGCAGGACCUGCCUAGUGCGCCCCCUUACCUGGUCACCAACAGUGACGGUCACCUGGACAGUCCUUCUAUGUCCGCUUUCUACAUGUUCUUCACCAUGAUCAUCCUGCUGCAAAUCUUGAUUCCUAUCUCGCUCUAUGUAUCCAUCGAGCUGGUGAAGGUUGCUGAGAUCUUCUUUAUCACUAAUGAUGUUGAUCUGUACGACGAGGAGCUGGACAGUCGCAUGCAGUGUAAGGCCCUGAACAUUACAGAAGACCUGGGACAGAUUGACUACAUUUUCUCAGACAAGACUGGCACCCUUACUGAGAACAAGAUGGUGUUCCGCCGAUGCACCAUCAUGGGUACCGAAUAUCCCCACAAUGAGAACACCAUUCGUUUAGCUGUCCUUGAUGAGCCAGAUGAGUCAGAAGAGGAUGUCCUCUUCCACCAGCAGCCACGAGUCUCACGAAACCUCCACCCUGAGGAAACGCAGCUUCACCAUAGCAGUCGAUGUAAGAACAAAGUCACAGAAAACAUCCAGAGCAGUGUGGCUUUCAGCAGUCCUCUGGAAACUGAGGUGAUUCCGGACAAAAAACUGCUGCGGCGCGUCAGCACUGCAGACAACAUCCGGACCACGGAUCCGUACCUGGACUUUUUUCUGGCUCUCGCCAUUUGCAACACGGUGGUGGUUUCCAUAGCAACGCCUCAGAGACAGAGGGUGCGUGGGUAUCUACCCUCCUCUCAAAAAACCAAUCCACUCGAUGCAUUGUUCAACCUAGCUGGCUUUCUUCGUAAAAGCUUCACCUCCUGGAAGAGGAGACCUCAGAGUUCCGGCACAGAAGACUUGGUUAUAGAGUUAGACCAAAUUCCUGAUCCUGUAAAACUGCAAAAUCCUGGAAACACCACAGACACAAAUUCCCUUCAUCUUCAACCCUGGAGCGAUAGCGCUUCGGCGUUCACAGGCAUGCUGUGCUACGAGGCGGAGAGUCCAGAUGAGGCGGCCUUGGUGCACGCAGCCAGAGCAUACGGCGUCACCCUGCUGGGUCGCACGCCUCGCAGCGUCACAGUGCGGCUCCCAACUGGGGACGAGCUGAUGUUUGAGGUGCUGGACACCUUGACUUUUGACUCCAACAGGAAGAGGAUGUCUGUGUUGGUGCGGCAUCCAAUCACCAAAGAGUAUGUGCUGUACACUAAAGGUGCAGAUUAUGCUAUCAUGGAGCUACUUGGUGCACCCUAUGCAGAACAUCUGAGUGGCAAACAGAAGAAUACAGCAAUAGAUACUCAGAAGCACCUUGACUGCUACGCUAAGGAGGGUCUGCGUACGCUAUGCAUUGCAAAGAAGGUGCUGAGUGACAGAGUAUUUGAAGUCUGGUCAGUUAACAGACAGAGGGCUCUGGCUGCAAUAGAAAACAGAGAGCAGCUCAUGAUGGACACUGCGGUGCAGAUGGAGACAAACCUCACCCUGUUGGGGGCCACGGGCAUUGAGGACCGUCUGCAGGAGGAUGUCCCAGGUACCAUUGUGGCUCUGAGGGAGGCAGGAAUCCAUGUCUGGGUGCUGACAGGUGACAAACCAGAGACAGCCAUCAACAUUGGCUAUGCCUGCAAGCUGCUGGAGGAGGAAGACCUGUUGAUCAACAUGAGCUGCAAAAACAAGGUUACGUGCACAUCCAUUUUGGACUGCACACUGGAGGAAGUGAGGAGGUACGAGAUUGACCCUGGGAAUGUGGACACAACCCAAAACAUAUCGUUGGUAAUUGAUGGACAGACUUUGGCUAUGGUCUUGAAUACAGACCUGCAGGACCGUUUCGUGGAGCUGGCGAAGCGCUGCCGCUCUGUGCUCUGCUGCAGAGUGACACCGCUACAGAAAAGCACAGUGGUGAAGGUCAUCAGGGACAAACUCAAGGUCAUGACUCUCGCUGUUGGUGAUGGUGCAAAUGAUGUCAACAUGAUCCAAGCAGCUGAUAUCGGCAUUGGCAUAUCUGGACAGGAGGGGAUGCAGGCAGUCAUGGCGAGUGACUUUACCAUUUCACGCUUCAAACACCUGAAGAAGCUUCUUCUGGUUCAUGGACACUGGUGCUACACUCGACUGGCAAACAUGAUCAUCUACUUCUUCUACAAGAAUGUGGCCUACGUGAACCUUCUGUUCUGGUAUCAGUUCUUCUGCGGCUUCUCUGGCACCACAAUGAUCGAUUACUGGUUGUUGAUUUUCUUCAAUCUCUUCUUUACAUCUGCACCUCCCAUCAUGUUUGGGAUCAUGGACCGAGAUGUUUCAGCAGACAUGCUGCUGGGUCUUCCCGAACUGUAUCGAACUGGACAAGGAGCAGGGGAAUACAGAUGUUCAACCUUCUGGAGUUCCAUCCUGGAUGCAUUUUAUCAAAGUCUAGUCUGCUUUUUUAUUCCAUACUGGGUAUACCAAGACUCAGAUGUUGAUAUUUUUACUUUUGGAACUCCCUUGAACACUGUUUCUUUAUGUACCAUCCUGCUGCAUCUAUCAAUUGAGAUCAAAGCAUGGACAGUGGUUCACUGGAUCAUCAUGCUGGGCAGUGUGGCCGUCUACUUCAUUGUAACCCUAAUUUACACCGCCACCUGUAUCACCUGCAACCCUCCCUCCAACCCCUACUGGAUCCUCCAGAGGCAAAUGGAAGACCCCAUGUUCUACCUUAUUUGUUUCUUCACCACUGUGUUAGCACUGCUGCCCAGGUACUUCUUUCAUGCAAUGAAGAACACUCUCAACCCUUCCCCACUGGUGGAGGCCAGGCGUGUGGACCGGAUGAAGCCUUUACUUAGAGACGCUUGGAUUAAAGAGUGGAGGAGCUUCAGGAGCGGAGGGCAGGUCAAACGGUACAGGCUGUCUGCUCCACCUUCUCCAACCAUGGAGAUGUCUGCAGAAGCAUAUCCACCAUCUCCAUUCCCAACUGACCUGGGAAAAGAAAUCACUCUGAACGUAACCAGCAAGAAGCCGGUUCACCUCUGAGAAAUGAUAAAUGUGGGUCAUCAAGAAAAAGUCAUUAGCACACUGAGUUAUAAUUACUUAUUUCAUUUUAAAGCAAAUAUUUUGAAGAUAUAAUAUAUAAGAAUGUAGAAUAAUGUGUGUUUUUGGCAAGGGGGAGGUUUCACAUUAAUUCAGCAGGGAAGGGAGGCAGGCGUGGGGUGGAGGGUGGGGGGGUAUAUUCCUCGAUAUGAAGUGAGACAUCAUUGAUUGAGGUGAUAAAAUCAUAUUUUAAAUCAUUUCUUGCCAAGAAAAUAAGUCCUGUCUUUCUAAUCGAGACUCCACAGGGAACACAGGGGCCCCCUUACUUUUCUGAAGAGUUUUCAGUCCACAGCUUUAACUCAAUUAUUCAUGCUGCCUACUGCUCCAAAAAGUGUCACUUCUCCAAAACAAAAUGCUUAGCCAUUUUAAAAUCUUCCCCUCACCUAGAUACCGUAAACAGCCACAAUGAAUCCUGUCAUCGAAGCACACUGUGUGCACAUGUACGCGUUGCACACAGUAGGGGAGAGUGGGGUAAGUUGUGCUGUUUUUUUACUUAAAGUUACUUUAAAGCGAGGCCAUGAGAGUAACACCUCCAACUUAAUUAUGUAAAUAUAUUUCAGGAUGUGGUGCAACCGUGGGAACAAUGACUUUGGAACUGAAGUAAAGUAUUGAAGAAAUAUAGCUUUCUGAAAAAAAGUGGUCUUGUGGCACAAAUUGCCCCCGGUGCGGGGUAAGUUGUGCCUUUGGAGAGCAUACAUUGGGGUAAAUUGUGCCAUUAAUUAUUUAAGUAAAACUGUAUAUUUUAAUAACAGAAAUUGUAAUGCUAGCUGUAAUAGCUAGACAAAUGCAAUACAAGCUUGCUCAUUUAAGGUUUAUUUAAAGUUAUUUUAACAAUAUUUCUCAAUAUUUUCUUGAACAAGGCCCAACACUUCAGAACAAGGUUGAGUUCAAAAUGAAAACAUUUCCAAGGCCUAGAGCCUAGAGUUCGGUUAUCAAAGAACUCCCCCACAUUGUGCCUAUUAAAGGCAGUAGCUCUACCAAGAGAGGUUGCUUCAGGAGUGCGGCAUGAUAACUGGUAGUGUGCUUUAAAGGCCGCAAACCAAUCACAUCCUAUGAAAGAUUAAUUUUUUUUUAGCAUUAUUAUAAUAUCUCUUAAUUUUUCCCUUAUUGAGCCAUUGCAGUUUACAUUAAGAUUUACAUAAGUUGAAGCUAUAAUAAUAAGCAUUUCCUUGGGAAAUAAUUAUUAAUGGUCCCUAUUACUUUUUCUUAAUAAAUGCACAUUUAACCAAACCUGCUUUUUCCUCUUUGAUCCAGCUGGCAGGGAUAUUAAAGUAAUUUCUUCGUGCACUCAAAAGCCAGUUCACGCCAUUUAAUGGGACUUAGACCAUGAAACAUCGCUGCUAGGGCCUUUAUAUGUUCUGCCAGCUCUUUCUCCAUAUGUUUGUUAAAGACUUGAUUGGCAAGUCCAGUUCUUUUAUAUCCUGGCCUUAUUUCUUCUCCAUGUAUCAUUUUAAUGCCAUCCUGCAUAUGUUCAUCUGCCUUGCCACCUGACGAAUGGGCUCCCCUUUCUCCACCUCUUGCACUGCUCUGUCCAUGACCUCUAGAGGAGUGGAAGCUCUGUCUGUCUUCCUCUUAUAAUUUUGUGGCAUGAUGGUUUAUUUCUGUUUUUACCCUAAAAAUAGGAAUGUCACACAGUUUUAGUGAUUAAAUAUAAGAAUACAAUGUAAAAUUACAAAAAAAAAAAAUGUUUAAAAUGUUCAUAAGUGGGGGUGAGUUGUGCCACUGGCACAACUUAACCCAGACCUUUUGGCACAAAUCACUCCAACCCCACCAUUUUGGGAAAAAAUGCAUGAUCCAGCAGAUUUAAGCUAACAUCAUGCUAGCUAUAUAGACUCAAAGUGUAGCUUACCAAAGCACUGCAACAUGUGUGAAAUGUUUUUAAACUUGUCUAUAACCGUUCAGAUACAACAAUAAAAAAAACCUUGAUCAUAGAAAUUUUACUUUGAAGGGCAAAAAACAGUUUUUGCACUUAAAUAUGCUUACAUCUCAUGCAAUGAUGCUCCCUUCUUUACAGGAUGAGUAAAAUGUCUGACUCUUCAAAAAUGAGUGGUCACAUGGCCAAUUCCUUAUAUGGUUCCCGAGAAACCGGUGCUGGCACAACUUACCCGCGGCACAAAUCACCCCACACUCCCCUACACACACCUCUACAUUUUCAUUUAAUUUUCCUAUGUUAAAAGAUUGUGUUUUAUGGGCUGGGCCUUUAGUAAUUAGACUUUU